ACAUGCCUGAGGGAGAGUGAUGAGAGAGAGGAACAAGAGAGAGAAUGAGAUAGGACGGGAUAGUUUAAUACUCAUUCAGUAUGUCAUGCUCAUAUGCUAUUGGUAACCGGGACUGAUAUGUUUUCUCCACAGAUGCCAAGGGACAGAAACAGGACAAAGUUCUGGUAACAGAGACAGCUUUUGCUAACACAGAGGAUUACUAUGAGCUGUUAAACAAGGAAGAGGAGGAAGUUUAAUUUAAGAAACCUGUCCAGGACAGUGGCGAGAGCGCUCCAAUCACUCCAAAACUGACCAGGCAUAUAUACAAGCACAGAACUCCUCACUGGAUGGCUAUUCUGUUCAAGAACGAAGGAAAUUUUCUGCUGAUGAAAACAGUAAACCUUCACCCAACCAAAGUGGAAAUGCAGUCUGUGACAAAGAGGACUGGAAUGUAUUUGGGAAUGUCUAGAAAACAGAUACACAACUGACCCCAGUAAGAGGUCUGUACAGCCUGGAAUCAGGAAUACUCUAAAAGGACACUUAGGUACUAAAGAGCCACACCACAAUUAGCACAAUGGAAAUGCAAGAGACCGACAGUGUAAAAUUAAUGACUGACUUAACUCUGUCUGAUUUCACAGAUCCUCCCAACAUGUCAGAAUGUCUAAUCAGUUCAAGAGAGAAUGACUGUGCACUUCUUGAGACCAAUGGCAUCUCAUCAACAUCAUACAGACAGAGCAGUAAUAUAAACAGGGACGAAGGAAGAAGAGACAAUAUGAAUGACACGGAGAAAAGAAAGAGGGAUGAAUCUCUACCUAUAACAGUUUUGAAUUUGUCAGAGAACAAAGACUGCAGUUUAGGCAAAGGUAAGGAAAAAGAAUCGUCUUUUUCUGCAGAUAUGGGUAGGAUAAAUCAGAGGAACUACUCAGGCAAACAUAGCUGUUCACAACAAGAGACAUCUGCAUCAUUUGACUUGACAAACUCUGACCCUGAGGCUAUUACAGAUCUCAACAGUUCAGAUGAAGUUCUCGUCCAGUUAAAAAUUGAGGAAGCCUUUGAGCUAAAAGGGUCAAGCACAUCCCAAGCAGACUUGAAUCAAAACAGUGUUUUGACUGAUCAUGAAUUGAUCAUGCUCAAACAUGGAAAAGACACAUCAACUUUUAUGGAAAACUACCCAAUGGCCAUAUCACAUGGGCAUCUAGAUGAAUUGAGUGAUCAAUUACCAGUUACACUGGAACCUCACAUAGCCAAAGUGCAAUUGUUUGAAGGAAUAAGGUUGUGUGGGAAAAGAGACUGUGAAAUAGUUAAUCAAACAGAUGUCUAUUCUCCUUCAGCAGAGCUUAAGAUAGCCCCUGAUAGAGUCCCACAUCAGAAAAGCAAUAAUUCACCAUUACAAAAGUUAUCAAUUAACUGUAGUGUAGAGUCACAUUUUGGAACAGGAGAGGCACUCAAGAAAAGAAGACUUGAGUCAAAUAAAGAAGUGAAUGACACCAAUACAGAUAACGUCGAUGGAAGAGAGAUAAUCACAGCUUCCUUGAUACAAGAAAAAGACCCUUCCUACUUUACUGCUAUCAUUACACCCCCAGACCAAAUUCACAUAUUAUCUGUCCCUGAAACUACUAUGAUCUCAGACAGCUUGGUAAGAGAUACCCCAAAACAAAAAUCAGCUAAAAGUAAAGGACCACCUCCACCUGUUCCAAAGAAGCCAAAAAAUCCUUUUUGUAAAGAUGUUGCACAUGCAAUAGACAUGCCUCGGCCAUAUUCUGAACUUCUACAGAAAAACAUCAAAAAGGGAAGAAGAGAGUCAGCAUUACACUAUGUCACUGAGGACUUUGACAAGUCCCCUCCAGAUCUAGACAUGUUGUCUUUUUGUCCAGGCACAUUAGACUCACCAUCCUACAUGUGUGUACCAGGAGGUUUUGUCCCUGGUUUUCAGCCUGAAGUAGAUGUUCCUGCAAUUUAUUCGGAUUUAGAUGACAUGGAAGACAUGGACAUUUGGACAAAAAUGGUGGACAUUCUCCCUGAACCAGGAGAGUUGGACAUAUCUCAGAUAAGACACAUAUUAGAAAAAAAGGCAAAAAUUAAAGGCCCUCCACCACCAGUACCAAAGAAGCCACUAAAUCCAUUUGUUGCCAUUGAGAAAGAUAAUGUCUUGCCAAUCAAUGUCUCAAUUUCAAAAGACACAGCAGGCAUUUUAACAUAUGAAAGUUGUGACUACAAACCAUAUAUGCACAGAACUGUGCAUGAGGAGGACCCAAAAACAAUCUUUGCUACAGACAGAGACAAUCUUCUAGUUACAUAUAGCAACUCGGAUAUCUUGGAUGAAAAUAUUUUUUUGAGAUUCAGACCAGAACUCAUUAGGCAAAGUGAUAAUGUACAUAAGAAAAGGACACAGCAAAGCAGCAGAGAUAAUGUUGGAAACCAGGGUAAUAAAGUAUUGGAAAUAACCAAAACCUCUGAUUUCAAAAAGCCUUUCUCAUAUCAAAUGGAAAGGAGACUGUCACCAAAGAAAGAGAUGAUCAGGCGUGUGGUUCGGCAGAGCAAAUUCCGCCAUGUUUUUGGCCAGGCGGUGAAAAAUGAUCAGUGCUAUGAUGACAUCAGGGUGUCACGGGUCACCUGGGACAGCGCCUUCUGUGCUGUCAACCCCAAAUUUGUUGCCAUCAUUGUGGAAGCCAGCGGGGGUGGAGCCUUUAUUGUCCUCCCUCUUCAAAAGACAGGUCGUAUCGAUAAGGCCUACCCAACUGUCUGCGGACACACAGGCCCCGUGCUGGACAUCGACUGGUGCCCUCACAAUGAUCACGUCAUUGCCAGCGGGUCUGAAGAUUGUACUAUAAUGGUAUGGCAGAUCCCAGAGAACGGACUCACUGCUCCACUCUCAGAGCCCGUUGUGGUGUUAGAGGGACACUCCAAGCGGGUUGGCAUCGUGACAUGGCACCCCACAGUCCGUAAUGUCCUCCUCAGUGCUGGGUGUGAUAAUGUGAUUUUGAUCUGGAACGUGGGCACUGGCGAGGCCCUCAUCACACUGGAUGACAUGCACCCAGACAUGAUCUUCAGCGUGUGCUGGAACCACAAUGGCAGCCUCAUCUGCACCACCUGCAAGGACAAGAAAGUGCGCGUCAUUGACCCUCGCAAGGCCAAGAUCAUUGCAGAGAAGGAUAAAGCUCAUGAGGGUUCACGGCCCAUGAGGGCCAUCUUUCUCGCUGAUGGCAACAUCUUCACCACUGGCUUUAGCCGCAUGAGUGAGAGACAACUGGCCUUAUGGAACUCGAAAAACUUGGAUGAGCCAAUCUCAGUACAUGAGAUGGACACCAGCAAUGGAGUGCUACUUCCCUUCUAUGACCCGGACACUAACAUUGUCUACCUGUGUGGAAAGGGAGACAGCAGCAUCCGCUACUUUGAGAUCACAGAUGAAGCACCGUACGUUCAUUACCUUAACACCUUCUCCAGCAAAGAACCACAGAGGGGCAUGGGCUACAUGCCCAAAAGGGGCCUAGACGUUAAUAAGUGCGAGAUUGCCAGGUUUUAUAAACUUCAUGAGAGGAAGUGUGAGCCAAUUAUCAUGACUGUCCCAAGAAAGUCAGACCUGUUCCAGGAUGAUCUGUAUCCAGACACAGCUGGACCAGAUUGGGCCUUGGAAGCAGAGGAGUGGUUUGAAGGCAAGAACGGUGAUCCUAUCCUAAUUUCCCUCAAACAUGGUUAUGUCCCUGGCAAGAACCGUGACCUCAAGGUGGUCAAAAAGAAUGUUCUGGACAACAAGUCACCCAAAAAGGUGGAGGAGAUGUCAGUUCUUCAAAAGCCUGCGUCUCCUCAGCUCACUAGAAAAAAUGAAGUGAAGUUGGAGGAGCUGCUCCGAGAAGUGAAAUCACUCAGAGACCUGGUGACACUUCAGGACAGGCGAAUCACCAAACUCGAAGAGCAGAUGGCCAAAGUGGCAAUCUGAGGCACUGCUACAGCUCUGAGUCACCAUGUCAGAAUAUGAAGAGAUACAUUUCAGAGGGCCAGUCACUGCCAAAAAAAAAAAAAAAAUCACAGUUCAACUUGAUCAUUCCUCUUGGUGAUUUUUUUUGUGACUACGACUUGAAGCAACAUUCCGAUAUGGACGUUAUCAUCUUGCCUGCCCUGAGCAUUCAUUAGCGAAUAGCAAAAAACAGAUGAAUUUUGCUUUGUGUUGUUUUUUCAUGGUCUAGUGGGUUUAAUUGAUAAAUAUUUUCGAUUUUUAGAUUUCAUGAUUUUCUUCCUUUUUUUUUUUUGAUUUUGUAAAGUUGUGAUCCUUUGAACUUUUGCACCAAGUGCCAAAUCCCCUAGUGUUUUCUGUGAGUGUGUCAGUAUUACUCUUCUUUUAUUUCUUUGUGCUGCCAAAUGUGAGGUGCACCUGACCUGCCUAUUGUGUUGCUUUUAUUUUAAUCCUUUUUCUGGCUGGACUUUACACUGUCUGUUAAUCUUUUCAAGACAGGACAUUAGGAAGGUUUAGCCUCUCUCUGUUCAUCUCAGCUAUACAGGUUAAAGGUUACAGUAAUGUGACACAGAAAUUAAUCAGAAAUAAAAUGAGCAUUAACUGAGGGUAAAAAAGACCUAGCACAAACAAAAACACUUCAGGUAAAAGCAGCAUUGAACAGCAUGGUGCCUAAUUGAGAAACACUCACCAUAUGCCACGAUUUUUGCAUUAAUUCCCUGCUGCUCACUGUAGUGGAUUUUUAUUUCAAGCUGUCACUAUCAGGGUGUACUAAUUACAAUAAAUGCAUUACACUUAGAUGAUUUUGAUAUAUUUAUCAAGUUCUCCAAAAGCAAUAAAGCAAAGGUGUUUGAGUGAGAAUCUAAAUUUUUUUCACUGAUCUUCUAAAUCUAAUCUGUAGUUGCUUUUUACUGAUAGGACUUUCAGCAGUUCAUUUGACUUAUAACUUAUAUACAAAGUUAUAAUAUAAAAUUAAAGCUCUAAUCAUUGGCCCCCUUAAGAAAAUCAAUUUAAAUACUGCUGCUAUUUGUUCAUUUUAACUUCAUUACAACUCACCUGCUUAUUAAUAGAGCUAUCCAGCCACUUUGUCUAUUUGAAAUGUAAGUACAGUCAGGUCCAUAAAUAUUUGGACAAUGACAGUUAUUUACGUGUCUACCAAGUAUACAGUAUUUGAUAUUAAAUGUAGGAUGAUUUACAGCACUCUUUAUAUGUGGACCCCCCUGCCCCCCCCCUUUUUUUUGUAAACUAAUUGCACAGUUGAACACACAUUAAAGAAAGUGUUGUAAUUCCUACACCAUUCACCCAGUGUAGUGAACUAAAUUAACGCUAACGCUAAUAUCUAGGGACCUGACUGUAUAUAUUAAAAAAGGCUGCAGUAUGUCCAUGUGCUCUACCUUAUGCACCAUUUUCAAAUCAUCCUAGUCACAUAAUGGUAACAGACUCUGAUUUUAAAUCCACUCUUCUCUGAGCUGACAUCUGAACUUGGUCUUCAUGAAGCAGUGGCUACCAGCUGGCCCUCACCCUUGUAAAUGAUAUGUAGUGGUGCCUCUUCUUGUAUAACUGAUUUUAGCCUGGCCCCCUCAAAAGUUUCUGGCUGGAGCUCAACUGACAUUAACCUGAACACUUAUGUGUCCUAAACCAUCGUGUGCAUGCAUUCCAGGUUUCACUAAAACAAGAGUCUACACCCACAAUAAACCAUGUUCAUAUUA